AUGGCACUAGCAGCACGUUUUGCGGAUGAUCAAGAGACAUGCCAUCAGACGAACAGCUUCUUUUCAGCGGCGAAGCGUCUUUUAAAAAUGCAAAUUGACCAUGUGUCUCUCGACAACAUACAUGCAUGCGUCCUUAUGGGUAACUUGUGUGGAACAGAAAGCGAGUCAGCCGGAGAGGCAGUGUUUUUUGGCCUCGCAUUUCGAAUGGCGCAUAUACUGCAUCUCCCGGAGCCUGAUGUGACAGAUGACAGUAUAACAAGGGAGAUAAAGAUUCGAACUUGGUGGUCCUUGUAUAUGAUUGAUCAAUGGUCCUCUGCCGGUUUAGAUCUACCACGACAGAUGCAUAACCAACAGCAUAGUCUUCCAAUGCCAGAAGUUGACUUCUGGAAUCUUGUCCCCGGGCAGAGAAUUGAAGAUGGCUCUCAGCCUCGUCGAGGCCUAUGGGGAUACAUGGUGAUUCUCGCUCGAAUAUUCGGCCAUAUUCAAAUUCUGCACCAGAAGUUGGCAGAGGGAGCUUUAGAUCAGCAAAAAGCCGAAAUGACCACGAUUGAACUGGCACAUGAAUUUGAUCACUUUCUUCAAGAGUUACCAGCCAAUCUUCAUUUCAACACCAGGAAUUUAACACAGCAUACGGAGCUUGGUCUAGCGCAGGCAUUCGUGGCUCUUCACCUAGGCUAUCAUCAUUACUCGACUCUUCUCUACUUUCCCUAUCUCGACAUGAAACUUGCUGAAAUACCCAGUCAAGGCACCUUCGUUGCUCGUUGCAAGCAUCAUGCCACCUCGUUCAGUGAUCUACUAAAGACCUCACAUGAAACGCCAGGCUGCGAGGCAGUCUACCUGAUUGUAGCACAUAUGACUGUGGUUUCAUCGUCAGUCCUGCUACAUACACUUCUAUUUGGAAGUCAGCAUGAACUUCUUGACGCGCGCGCACGACUCUAUUUCAACUUUGAGAUACUCCUCAAACUGAAGGGAUACUGGCAAGGAGUAGACCUUAUGAUGGAGCGGCUAUUCACCUUCCAGAAAGCAUGCAUGCAGUCAAUGGAUCGAACAUACACUGUCGAUCAAUGGACAGUCAAGUUUCUUCUUCAACAUGCGAUCCCUAUUGACAGGGAGAUAAAUACACCGGCUACAUCUGAUCUUGCAGAACGAGGAAAGUUUGCAAGUGACGCUUUGUCGAUGCUCCGACCGUCUGCAUGA